AUGCACAAAGGGGCUUUAUCCGCUUGCGCGAGACCUGGUCAUCGGGUAGCUGCAGCGGCUGCCACCGGCUUGGGCGGCUCCCUGUGUGCGAAUGGCCCGGACGUAGUGAAGGUGAGGCUAUUCGCAGAGCCUGGUCGCUAUCCAGGAUUCCUGUCCGCUGCCACAGAAAUUGCGCAGAAAGAAGGCUUCGUGCGAGGCCUCCUCGUCCGGGGUGUCAGCGCUUCAGCUCCAAGGGGUGCUGCCAUUGCCAUUGGAGAGGUGACGACUUACGACCAGACCAAGACAACACUUCGCAGGCAUUGGCCAGGCAUCGAGAGUGCUGCUCGUGAUGGUCGGCGUGAACCCUUCUCGCUGCACGUGGUGACAUCAUUGAUCACAGGCGUGGUGGCGACAACUGUGGCCGCGCCCUUCGACACAUUGAAGAGCUGUGUCAUGGCCGACGAUGGCACGCGCUUCCCGCGGGGCUUUCUGGACGCCCUCCUGUCCAUCGUACGGUCGGAGGGCCCUGCCAGCCUCUUUCGCGGCUGGUGGCCAGCAUACUGUCGCUUAGGGCCCCACGCAAUUCUCACCUUUCCGCUUCUGGAGCAGGUGCGCAAAGCUUUGGGCCUCCAAUACCUUUAG